ACGCGGACGGAAGUGUGGUGUAACAACACUAAACGUUAGCUCCAGGUUUAACUAUAUGGAAGGUUCCUCACGUGUGUGUUCAUAACCUUGAAUAACACCAAUGGCUGGACGCAGUAGACGGGGCUGAAGAUGACCAUCCUGAACUUGUCCUUUGCUGCAUGUGGUUUCCUGGGGAUCUACCACCUGGGUGCGGUGGGGGCUAUUCUCCGCCACGGGGACAAGCUGCUGGGCUCCCUCGGGGGCUGUGCAGGGGCCUCGGCCGGGGCCCUGGUGGCUGCAGUACUGAUCACGGCUCCUGAAAAGUUAGAGAACUGUAAAGAGUUCACGUACAGGUUCGCUGACGCUGUGAGACAACAGCGCUUUGGAGCCGUCACACCAGGAUACAACUUCAUGCUCACACUCCGGGAGGGGAUCGAAGAGAUCCUGCCCAGUGAGGCUCACAGUCUGGCCACUGACCGCCUCCACGUCUCAAUAACACACUCCAAAAGUGGCAAGAACCACAUCAUAUCCAAGUUUACCUCCCGGGAGGAGCUCAUUAAGGCUCUGCUGGCCAGCAGCUACGUGCCUGUCUAUGCUGGACUCAAACCAGUGGAAUUAAGAGGACAGAACGCAGGGAACAAGUGUGCGGCUCAGGCUUUCAACGGACAAGCGGAGUCGAGAGGUAAAAUCACAAAUAUGUAUUUAUUUCAUAAAAAGCAGAGUAUUGCAUCCCGUACAGUUAUACGUGCACGGUCCUACGUUGAACACCCAACAGGGUUGAAUGUCCAAGGAAAAGGCCCUUAAACAGAGUGCGCUGAAACUUCAUGUAGGAUUCCUCUUGUGAGGUCCCAUUGGUUAAGACUAUUGUAGCAGGCGGAGCUUAUUCUAGCUAGAAGCUCCCCCGUUGGAGCACUGAGCAUCUCCGCUCACACUGGCUCACGUCCAUUGGUUGUGGUGGUCUUCAUCCAUCAGUGUGUGUGCAUGUUGUCGGUGGGGUGCAAGGGUGGGGGCAUGGCGUUGUCGGCGGGAUGAGGUGGCCUUGAUAAACACAGCUGCAGCUCCUGAGAACUAGCUGUAACUGUUCUCUCAGCAUAGGAGUUGUUCUAUGUGUACGAGCAUCAGUAAGCCACUGUCUGUCUUCUCGUUCCCUGUUAUCAGUGAGUGCUUCUCAACUAACCUUGAGUCCUUGCCCUCGAGGAACCUCCGUAGCUUUCUACUGUGGCUGAGCUUCCUCUGUGUUCUUCCCACUCUAGGGUCACUGUCCUCAGGGGGCCUUACUGCGCAUGCGUCAAAAGUUAAACCAAUAACGUAAUAAAAGCCUAUGUGUCUCAAGUUA